AUGGCCGACAGCAAUUCCAGUAAUAGCCCGAGCGACAAUAGCAACAGCAAUGGCAAUGCUAACGGAGGGAGCGACGUAGUUGUUGCGAUUGUUGCUCUCGUCGUCUCGGUGGUCGCUCUCUUUGCAGCGACUCUACAGAUCAUGCAAGCGAUCUUUGCGUCGGCUAAAGGGCUUCCCAAUUGCACCGAAGACGUGAUGGGAGGAUGGGCGAAAGGCACGACAAAACGGCCAAAGUUCAAGGAGCUACGUCUCGAGGUUAGGUUCGAGGCGCCAAUCAUCUUUCUGGCCCCCCCAAACAACCAGAAUAAACCUGAAAAAGGAGAGAUGUGGUCCGUGGAGGGCACUGAGAAAAGUUGUACCAAGAACCGACUCGAAUAUGCCAAGAUAUUCCCAAACCCUGGACCAGCCAACGGAACCAACGACGAAAAGCCGUCUAAGCCUACUGAAAAGGUCCACACUGUCAACAACGAGCUAGCAACGUGGGUCUAUCUCCUAAUCGCCCUUGAAAGAAUGGAGAAGGAUUCCAAAAAAUGGGAGUGCAAGAAGCUACAAGGGGAAUGGUUGCCAAGUUCCAUCAUCCCGGACCUGCCUGAGCCGACUUUGGCCGUGAAAGUACAGGCGAAGGAAAGAAGCUUCGAUGCGAACCCCUCCAUCAAGAAGCCCUAUGCAACCUCUACGAUCUCUCAUCUGGUCGAGCUAGCAGCAAUACUUGGACUCUAUUGGAGAGUCUUCGACCGAGACAACAACCAGUACCGCGCGGAAGGAAAUGGCUAUAGUCUGACUGGCUCACGUGUACCCGACUUGGGUGUCGUCUUUGUUUUUGAGAAAACCGGUCCCACUGUAUUUGAGGAGCGGCGAGUGAUUCCGACAUCUGAAGUGAAGGAGCUCUGUUUUGGGCGAGUGCCAACUUUCUAUCGAGUUAAGAAGGAUCCCGACGAAGACUUGGAGUGGCAGAGGGAGUUCAAAACGUCGUCGGGAACUGGAACCAAGGUCGAAAUCCUUCAACUGAGCACUCGCGAUGCCAUUGCGGAGACUUUGACCCAGAUAGGAUGCAACGGCAAAACCACGCUCUUCUACAGAGAAGGAAAGAAAGACCGGCACCUCUUUUCUGUUACCUUCGAGGUCAUCGGCAUGCUCGCCCGAGUUUUGCACAUUGAAGGAAGAUGCUUCCGUUUCCUGCCCAAUCCAACAAUCUUCUCUUGGGACAGAGAUUCGUUGUCACUCCAGCGUCUGCUCAUCGCUUUUAGCGGACUGUUGAUGAACGAUCUCACGGUUGUUGAAGAAGAAGCAGAGACUGUCAUCGAUGAGAGGGUUGAAACUGCCGUCGAAGAUAUCAGGGCUCUUUCGGAGUCAGCGGAGGAGAUGAGCAACGAUUUUGACGAGAACCCGCCUCUAACGAGCAAAAGAAUGAGUCUCUUGCACAAAGCCAUUGAUAUGGCAGACAAAUCUCUCAAGAAACGAGACCAGGGAAUCGUGCUCGAUGUGCUACGUCGUCACCUCCAGGAAGUGUUGGCAGCCAUCAACAGUCCGGAUAAAAGGGGGAAAGAACAGAUUUCGUUUCGGGACCUGCUUGGUAUCCCUCUGGAGAUGAGAGAACAAAGGUUCAUGGAGACAUACUUCGAGCGCAUACUAUGGCGUGUAGUGCCUACCAACUCUACCAAGAGGGGCAAGCGAGACGACGAGGUCGUUUCAAGAGCCAUACACGACGACACAGAGAAACGAAGAUCCCGCUUGGGUAACGGCUCACCCCAAGCCGGCAGCGCAGUCCCUCCGUCGCCGUUGAGACUUAACCCCGGAGAGUCUCCAACCAAGGCUCUAGACGACUCGACGCCCACGCCUGGCAUCAGCAGGGUCAAGACGUGGCCUCAUCGCAUCGAGACUGAGCAACCUGGUGAUCAGCCGGAACUUCCGCAGCCAAGCAAAUUGUCAGAGCUGCCACAGUGGGAAACGAUAGUACCCAACCAUAUUGAGAUGCAGCGCUUGGCAAUCUGGUAUACACUCGUAUUCAGGAUGAUUUGUUGGUUGAUGUUGCACGACUUCGAUAAGAAGGAUGUGCAAGUGUCGAAAAGCUUCUCAAAUUUUGAUCCUUCACAUCCCUCCCAACGACACGUGGUUAGCGAACAAAAGGCUGCGAGCUAUUCAUUUCAACGCUCAUUUGAUCCCCGGAUCUCAUCAAACGACACCAUGACAUCGUCAUCAGAGCAGCCCGCCGCCCUAGAGGAUGGCCGGCGCAUUUAUCUAGGCAACCUUCUCUACAGCAUCCAGCCCGUCGACAUCGAGGAGAUGCUGAAAGACAAUGGCUUUGAAGGGUACGAAAAAAUUCACAUCUCCAUGGAUCCAGUGUCGGCUCGGAAUCCCGGAUACUGCUUCGUCGAUUUCGCUGAGCGCGCAGACGCCGAACGGGCACUAUCCUCCCUUGAUGCGCGCCUCCGUGGUAGACCACUCAAGGUCGGCCCAUGCGAGCCCAAGAAGCAGAACCGGAGUCGCUGGCAAAGCGACAGAGAGCCUUCCUUCAACAGGUGGGGAGACUGGUCAGGAUCGCGGGGUGAGGGCGGCGACGAGGCUGGCAGAUCACCAGCGCGGAACGGUAGGAACGGCGGCAUCGAGAGCGUACCGUACGGCGCCAUCAAGCACUUCGACGAGGUCGUUGCGACGGAAGGGGAUGGCAGGAGACUCUAUGUUGGAGGAUUGGGUGCGAUGGUUGACCAGGCACAACAUCAGGAUGAACUGCAACAAAUUCUUGAGGGCCACAAGCCACUAGCCAUCAGUAAGCGUAUCACUCCCCAUGAGUCUACCAGGGCCAAGGGCGGUGAGCACCACUACUGCUUUGUCGAUUUUGCGACAGCUGAAGAGGCCGAUGCAGCAAGAAACGCGCUGGAUCGCAAGGUCUGGGGAACCGGUCGUCUGCGUGUCAACGUUGCUCGCGGUCUGCCCGACAAGCUCAAGGAUCGUACGACGCCCUCGGAUGUGCAAAAUGAGAAGGAAAAUGAUCAGCAGCAUCGGGAAAUUGGCGACAAAAGGAGCCUUCGACCUGAGGACAAUCUGUGGUGCGAUGGAAAAGUUGUUGGUCGUGGAUUAUGGAAAGUUUAG